UAACUCCCUCAAGAAGUGUUUCACAAUCAACACUUGACACUUUGGUCCGUGUGAGACGCUGGUGCGUUUUAGCCUCGUCCUCACCGUUUCAUCCGACGCACGCUCCCGCAGGCGAUUCUCCCCGUGCCCGUCAAUUCCUGCUGCAACCGAGGGGUGAAUAGGAAGGCAUCGCUCUGUUGAAGGGAGCUAUCUUCCAGAAGGAGUGCUUUUUUUUUUCUUCAAACAUGGAUGAGUCCAUGAAACAGUUCCAGAAAAAGUUAACAGAACUGGAAGUGGAAGCUGAGCAUCUUCUUUUAGCCCGACACCAGCUGGUUGAGAAUGAUAAAUUGAGAAAUGGGAACAGAGAAGCACUUACUGCAUUAAGGAAAAGGGCUCGAACAACAAAAACUAGUGUUCCAUCACCUUUUGAAUCAAUAAUGAAGGGAGUUGUGGGGACCAGCUCAAGACCAUUGGUGCAAGAGGUUUGCAACACCUGUGGCAACCAUGACUCUUCUGAGCAGACGUGGAUGAUGUUUCCAGGAACUGAUCUGUUUGCCAGAAUUCCAUUUCAUGCUGCUCAUACUAUAUUGGAAACAGAUCAAACACAGCUUGACUUUGAGGCAAAGAGACUACAGAGCGUUGUGAAGGAAAAAUCUUACCUAAUAUCAGAGGCAGGUGUUCUUUCAGACAAGAUAAGUCCUGGAGUGCUCAAAUCACUUGUAACCUUAAAUGACAAGCCAAAGUAAGACGCCUUGUGCUAACUAUAUAGUGAGAAACCUUGUGGCAGUAUCAACUGGCAGAAAAUGGGACUGUUUUCUGGAAGAGUCUUUCAUGAGGCAUUUAGGUUAGCCAGUUUUUCUAGUCUGUUACUGUAAUUGUGUAUAAAUUAGUACUUUUUUGAAUUAUUUUCCCAAGUUCAUACAUUACUAUGACUGCCACAUUCUAUCCUACAAAUGGAGCAAUUGUUACACAUUUAGUGCAUGUUUGGUUUAACUUA